AGCUACAAUUUACUAAUUCUUCAUCAUGGGCUACGAAAAUAAGCUUACUGCCCCUGCUCUCAAGUUCAAAAACUUUCUUGACAAGUUCCCAAAACUUCACAAUGUCUACAUUAUCUCUAUGAUUUCAUGUAUUUCUGGUUUGAUGUUUGGGUUUGAUAUCUCUUCGAUGUCUGCCUUUAUUGGUACCCCAUCUUAUGUCCACUACUUCAAGACUCCAAACUCGGCCAUGCAAGGUUUCAUCACCGCCUCCAUGUCUUUGGGUUCCUUUGUUGGUUCUCUCUUGUCUUCCUUUGUCUCUGAACCUUUUGGAAGACGUGCCUCUCUUUUCAUUUGUUCCAUUCUUUGGAUGAUUGGUGCUGCCAUCCAAUCCUCUGCUCAAAACACCACCCAAUUGAUUUUCGGUCGUCUUAUCUCUGGGUUUGGUAUGGGUUUCGGUUCCUCGGUUGCUCCUGUCUACGGUUCUGAAUUGGCCCCAAGAAAGGUUAGAGGUCUUAUUGGUGGUUUGUUCCAAUUCUCCGUCACCCUUGGUAUCAUGAUUAUGUUUUUCAUUUCCUACGGUUGUGGUAAGAUUACUUCUGCCGCUUCUUUCCGUAUUGCUUGGGGUAUUCAAAUCAUUCCAGGUCUUAUUUUGUUCUUUGGUUUGUUCUUUGUUCCUGAAUCUCCAAGAUGGCUUGCCAAGCAAGGUUACUGGGAUGAAGCUGAGAUUGUUGUUGCCAACACUCAAGCUAAGGGUAACAGAGAAGACACUGAUGUUUUGAUUGAAAUCUCCGAAAUUAAGGAACAAUUGAUGCUUGAACAUGACGUUAAGGCUUUCACCUUUUCCAAGUUGUUCUCCAAGAAGUAUCUCCCACGUACCGUUGUUGCUGUUUCCGCUCAAAUCUGGCAACAAUUGACUGGUAUGAAUGUCAUGAUGUACUACAUUGUCUACAUUUUCGAAAUGGCUGGUUACUCUGGUAACGCCAACUUGGUUUCCUCUGCUAUCCAAUAUGUCUUGAAUGUUGUCAUGACCAUUCCAGCUCUUUUCGUUAUGGAUAAGUUUGGUAGAAGAUAUGUCUUGUUGAUUGGUGCCGUUUUCAUGAUGGCUUUCCAAUUUGGUGUUGGUGGUCUUUUGGCUACUUACUCUGUUCCUUUCCCAGACAGUGGUAGUGACUCUGUUACUAUUAGAAUUCCUGACAGCAACAAGAGUGCCGCCAAGGGUGUCAUUGCCUGCUGUUACUUGUUUGUCUGUUCCUUUGCUGCCUCUUGGGGUGUCGGUAUCUGGGUCUACUGUGCUGAAGUUUGGGGUGACAAUGUCUCGAGACAAAGAGGUGCCGCUUUAUCCACUUCUGCUAACUGGAUUAUGAACUUUGCCAUUGCCAUGUUUACUCCAUCUGCCUUUAAGAACAUUACCUGGAAGACCUACAUUAUCUACGCUGUCUUCUGUGUCUGUAUGUUUAUCCACGUUUUCUUCUUUUUCCCAGAAACCAAGGGUAAGAGAUUGGAAGAAAUUGGACAAUUGUGGGAAGAAAACGUUCCAGCCUGGAGAUCUAGCUCUUGGCAACCAACCGUUCCUUUGUUGUCUGACAAGGAAUUGGGUAACAAGAUGCAAGUUGAACACAGUGAAGGUGGUGAAGAGAUGUUGCGCUCUACCGACUCUCACUCUGAAGCUAGUGAAACCAAGGAAGAACACGCUUGAAGCGAAUAAUCCUGUCAUUUUACACUUUUCUAUUUUUUUUUAAUUCCCCCUCCACUCUUAUGAUUCACGAUACUACGAAAUCUAGAAAGUUAACUUCAUACCUAAUACACGAAUGAAUACUUAUAAUAAAAA